AUGAGUAGAGGUUUAGAAGAAAGUUCACAAGAAACACAACAACAUGAAGUGGUGAAGAAAGAAAACCCUACCAAUGAAGGGCUACCAGAGAAGUUUCCGGAAGGUGUUCGGGUUUUGGUUACUGAUGAUGAUCCUGAGUUUCUUCAACAUAUUGAAAAGUUGCUUAAAGAACUUCUCUAUCAAGUUACCACAUAUAGUAAGCUUCAAGCUGAGAACGUAUUGUCUACUCUACAAGCUGCCAGAAACAAAUUUGAUAUCGUUUUGAGUAGUGUACAUAUGGCCAAUAUGGAUGGUUUGGAGCUGCUUAAACACAUGUUAGCAGAAAUGGAUAUACCUGUGGUCAUGAUGAUGUCAAGCGAGGACGACAAUAAUAUUGUCAUCAAGUGUCUCACUGAAGGAGCAUGUGAUUGCUUAAUUAAGCCGAUUGAAAGAAAGGACAUAGAACUUAUAUUUAAGCAUGUGAUCAUCCGAAAGAUGAGAGUAGAACACUCGUGUGAAUGUGAAUGCCACCACAAAUCACCAGAAACAUCAGAUUUCGGUGUAGCUUUAGGAAACAGCAAAUCCUUGAGGAAGAGGAAAAAUGGGGAGGCAAUCGACAAGGAUGUGGAUACCAGUGGUAUGUCUAUGGCAAAGAAAACAAGAAUUGUCUGGACUGACGAACUCAAUCGGAAAUUUGACGCAGUCAUAGAAAAGCUUGGAAUUGAAAGUACAAUUCUUACCCUUUACCUUUCGUAUUUUUGCAAUGCUGUUCCAAAGAAAAUUCUCCAGCUAAUGAAUGUUCCCGGGCUUAAAAGAGAACAUGUUGCUAGCCACCUUCAGAAAUACCGCCAGAGUUAUAGAAAAUCACAAGGCUAUCCUGCAUGUAAUCUGAAUACGCCUAUGAAUCAACCAGAAUCACACUUGGCACCUUUAUUGCAUGGCGGUAUCCAGUACUCAAAUAAAUUUCAAAAUCACGGUAUGCAGGAUGGUCAACUAGGGAGACCAACGCGCACAAUUGACCCUUCUUUACUAAGCAAUGGCAGGUUCGGACCAGAUUAUUCUGAGUUUGUGACAAAAGCUGGUUAUAUACCUCAUCAGUCCCAGAUGAGAGAUCAUUAUAUGAACAAUCUGCCGGGACUGAUGGAGCAGCAACUGUUUCUGAAUGGCCAAGAUUAUAAUGCCAUAGAAACCUUCAAUAGGCGUAACCAACCUUAUUCUGGAGGUGAUCUAAAGACGAACUACAUGACGGCUGAAUUUCUCCCAAGUUAUCAUAGUAUAGACAGUACUCUAAAUUUACCUAACUUUCCGACGAACAAUAUGAUUCAUCAUGAGCAAAGUUUUCAGGGCUCCAUUGAUGAGAACUGCAUGAAAUGGAGGCAGCAACCACCUUAUGCCGGUUCAGAUUUAGAUACUCGAACAGUAUAUACCCCCCUCCAGCACUGA